CCGGUCGAAGCUGCUGCCGGACGUGGCCCGAGAGCUUGGGGCAGCGGCCGACGUCACUUCGAGCUUCCCAAAAGCUUCUUGCAGUCUGUCUUCAAUCCACAACACACCAAACAGAACCUCCAUCCGCCACCCACAGCAUCUCCAUUCCGCCCUCCUUUUCGCAUCCAUUCGUUGAGCAGUCUUUCCUUGCAUCUCCGUUCACUGCAGCUUCUCCUCCAUCCCCGCCAACCACAGCAAGCCCUUCGAGCCGGCCCUUCGCAUUGAGCCAUGAGCAUUCGGUGACAAUAGCAUUCUCCGGGAAGAAUAUUAUGGAUGGCGAGUCCAACGAAGAGAGGGAACGCCGCCUGCGGUCACUAUGGCUGCAGCUCGAUGUCAAGAGGAAGGGAUACCUCGAUGUUCCCGCGCUCAAGAGCGGGCUGGCACAGAUGAAUCACCCGCUCAAAGAUGCAGAUGGCCUGGUCCGGGAUAUGCUCUCGGCCUGCGACAUCAACCACGACGGGCAGAUAACAUAUGACGAGUUCGUGAGGUUCUGCAAAGAGACCGAGCGCUCCCUCUGGAACCUCUUCCAAAGCAUCGACCGCGAUCACAACGGCAACCUGGACAAAUCGGAGCUCUCACAGGCCUUUGAGCGUGCAGGUGUCGGCGUAUCGAAUGCUCGGCUCGAUCGUUUCUUCGGCUACAUUGAUAAGAACCACGACGGCCGAAUCGACUUUCCCGAGUGGCGCGACUUCCUCUUGUUCAUCCCGACCAACGCCCCGGGCCUCAAAGCCAUUUUCUCUUAUUACACGCAGACCGUCAAGCUCACUGCUGAAGGUGACGUGCAUCUGAGCGAUGAAGCUCUGUCAGGUCUCGGUACGACUUUCCAAUUUCUCUUCACAUCUCUCUUCGGCGCCAUCAUCCAAAUAUAUAAUACUCACCCAUCCCGCACCUCACGCAAACCCCAUCCCAUGCACAACACCCGACCGCCCGAACUCGAAUUCGACCUCGACGCAGAGCUAGCGGUCCACGAAGGCAACCUUGCCCAAGUCGCUCUCGACGACGACGAUCCCUUUCUCCCCACCCGACCUGCCCGCCGGAAAGCCACUGCUGCCACCUCCGCCGCCGUCAUCACGCAAGCCGCACCCACACCCGAUACACUACUCCAUCAAGAUGCACAGCGUCGCUCAGUGAUAUCAAGACUGACGGACUCCGUUCCCAAUUUAGGCUACUUUGCGGCGGGCGGCUUGUCUGGUAUUACCUCUCGCACCGCUACCGCGCCGCUCGAUCGGCUCAAGGUGUACCUUAUCGCGCAGACCGGUAGCGCGACGAAGGCCGCGGCCGCUGCUAAGAGUGGUGCCGUGCUCCAAGCCACUAAGCAUGGCAUGAGCACCAUGUGGGGUGCCUGCAAGGAGAUUUGGGCAGAUGGCGGACUGCGGAGCUUGUUCGCUGGCAAUGGACUGAACGUCCUCAAGGUCGUGCCCGAGUCCGCCGUCAAGUUCGGCUCGUACGAGGCUAGCAAACGCGCGAUAGCCAAAUUUGAAGGCCACGACGAUCCGAAGCACAUCCGCGGCAUCUCCCAAUUCAUGGCCGGAGGCACCGCUGGCAUGAUAUCGCAAGCCUGUGUUUAUCCCCUCGACACCCUCAAAUUCCGCACACAAUGCGAAACCGUCGCAGGCGCCGCAAAGGGCAAUGCUCUGGUGAUCGAAACAGCACGCAAGAUGUGGCGGCACAACGGAAUUCGCGCCUACUACCGCGGUCUCCCCAUGGGGCUGAUAGGAAUGUUCCCUUACUCGGCGAUCGACCUCUUCACCUUUGAGAGACUCAAGCAGGCGGUUGUUAAUCGCAACAUGAAGACCAAGGGCAUCAAGCACGAAGAAGAUGCGCUGCCGUCCAACUUUGCGCUGGCGUUGAUGGGCGGGUUCAGUGGUGCGAUCGGCGCUAGUGCCGUCUAUCCCAUCAAUCUGCUGCGUACUAGGCUUCAGAGUCAGGGGACGACGCAGCACCCGCGAACGUAUACGGGAGUGUUGGAUGUUACGCGACAGACAAUCCAGGGCGAGGGAGUGAGAGGAUUGUUCAAGGGAUUGACACCGAACCUGCUCAAGGUCGUGCCGGCGGUCUCAAUCACCUAUGUCGUAUACGAAAACACCAAAAAAGCCCUGCACCUGCACUGAUCAACGCGCCCGCCGAGCGUUGCCCUACUGCGAAAUGGCCCGA